AUGGAUAAAAAAAGACAAAGAGCUGCAAACUAUACUAGUAGGGAAAAACAAUAUUUAUUAAAUAUUAUCUACAAGUACAAAAAUGUCGUUGAAAAUAAGCAAACCGACGGAGUGUCCCAAAAAGAGAAAGAGGUGACUUGGGCGAAAAUUGCGAUAGAGUUUAAUGCCCAAUGCCCAGGUUUAGUGGAGAGAUCUAUAGAAUCUCUAAAAAAGUAUUAUGAGAACCAAAAGAAGAUUAUAAGAAAACAAAAGGCGGAUGAAAGGAUGGAGGUUUAUCGCACCGGAGGAGGCCCUCCUCCAAAGCAGUACAUUGAUCCCUCUGAUGAACUAAUAUUAUCUAUAAUUAAUGAAAAAACAGUUCAUGGAUUAAAAAACCCGUUUGAUGGGGAUGCCACAGAGGUCCUAACUAACAACGCCGACAAUGAAUACAUCUAUGAAGUGGAUGGAAAAAAUAUAAAUGAAGAUAAAGAAUUAGAGGUAAGAAAAAUACAGACAAGUAAGAAUCAGCACAGUGAUUUGUAUACUAUCAACACUACCUGUAGCAUGGAGCCCCAUAAUUCUGCUGGUCCAGGUAAACAUACAGAAAGUGACAGUCAGUUUAUAAAAAUACAGACAAAUAAGAACCAGCAAAGUGAUGUAUGUACUACCAACACCACCUGUAGCAUGAAGCUCCAUGAUUCUGCUGGUCCAAGUAAACCAACAGAAAUUGAGUGUGUGUCUAGUCGCAAAAAAGAAAUUAGUAAAACUCGUAGACGUCCGGCUGUACAUGUGAAAGCACUGACAACAUCAGAUGUUGCAGAAAAAUAUUCUGUUCUAUUAGAAAAUCGUAUAGAAAUAAGCAAUUAUGAAAAAGCUAAAUUAAAGAAUAGUAUAGAAUUUGAAAGAGAAGAGCACGAGCUUCGUAAGGAAGCUUUAAAAUUAGAUAUACUGUUGAAAAGGAAGCAAUGUAAUAAAGAAAAUUAA